CGGAUCGAAACUGAGCUGCAACCUUCUUUAUAGUCAUAUUACAUAAACAUCUACAUGUGGGCUGGCUCAACAUUACGAUCCCCUAAAAUGCGGACUUUAGCCUUACUUGCCGGCUGUCUGUUUACCAAGUAAAACUAGCUGACAAAUUCCAACACCGAUGCCCUAUAACAUGUCAGAUUAAAGAGUCUUACUAGACGUUGGACCACAAAGCACAAUAUGGACCGGCUGGACACUCGGGGAGCUAGGCGGUCGCUGAUACGAGAAGCCAUCGAGGUUGGACAACGCGAAGUAAAUGAACUUGAUGGGGAGGGCCUCCGCUUCACCUCCCGCCAUGACAAAGUCGCAGCAGAGCGGGGCGUCGGUCUUGGACUGUACCUUAAGAUUCUGCCAUGGCUCUUUUGGAUGAUGGUCUGGAUGGCCUUUUGCUCGAUGCCGUACUUGAUCGUCAUCAACACCUCCGUCUUCACCGAUUACGACCACAGAAAGGAUUUUGCGUUCGGCGUUAAAAUGUACGACCGUUUCGUACUUCCUUCCUUCACUUUCGCAGCCAUCGUGGACGACAAGAAGGACAACGGAACGCUGCAGUACAUCAACACCAACAUCGCAGACACGUGGAAGGGACCCAUGCGCAAGGGCGUGUUCCUCACAUGGCUGUCUCUUGUGGACGCGGGCGCAACGGCGGUGCUGGCAGGCGCAGUGGUGGUGCUGUUCUUUGUGGUGGACAGCUGGUUGCAGCGCUCGGACCGGAAGACGCGCGAGGUGUCGGACUACUCCGUCAUCGUGGGCGGACUACCGCCCACUAUCACAGCGACAGAGCUGGGCCAGUACUUCCAGGAUCGCUUCGGAGAUGACCCACGGGUCGAUAAGGUGAUGGAUGUGGUGCUGGUGAAGGACCUGGCGCCCGUCAUCAACGCAUGCAAGAAGGUUCACAAGUACGAACAAAUCCAGCGUUUCAUAGACCGGAUCCAAGGCAAGCACAAAGGCAAGCACAACAAGGGAAAGGCUACGAAGGCCGGCGCCAAGCAUGCCCAGGCUGGAUUCAAAACCGGUGUUCGGGACGCGGUGGAAAGCAAGGACGUGUCUCCCGGGAAGGAGCCUGGGAAGGAGGAGGAGGCGGCGGCGGAGAAGAAGGUGGUGGUGACCCACAUCACUGCCACAGCGGGGCAUGCAGCAACGGCGGCAGCUGCAACGGCGGCGGCAGCAGCAGCGGCAGUGGUGGUGCCAGAGGGGGCGGCGGCAGCAGCAGCGGUGCGGGGAUCCGGGGGUACUGGUACUGCUGCUGCCGGAGUCGACGACGUGCGGUCCUCGGAGGGCCUAGCCUCGUCCCGGGCGUCAAGACCCGCCAAGUCGCUUUCCUUCAACAUGAGCCGGCAGCUGGCGGAGACGGCUGGCAAGAUCCGGCAGCAACAGGCGCUCAUCAGUGACCGACUGGAGGCGGGCAUGAUACACACGCAGGCGGCCUUUGUGACGUUCAACACGGAGCGCAUGCGCAUCAACGUGUGCAGGCGCAUGCCCUCGGGCUGGUGGUCCGCGCUGCUGACCCCCCGGCGACUGCAGCUGCCCCACCGCGGGCGGCAGUGGCGGCUGUGGGUGCAGCGCGCGGCGGCACCCGACGACUACCGCUUCGAGAACCUGGCCACACGCACUCGCACCAACAUGCUCAUCCAGCUGGCCACCGGCUUGGUUAUGUUCGUGUUGAUGCUGGUGUGCGCGGCGCUCAUCACUUGGCUGUCCAGCCUGUCCAACGAGACCGCCCGGGACCUCAAGUGGGACACGGCAGCGGUGACGGGGCCGAUCAGUUCUGGCUGGUCUCGUGUGUUGUCCUCCUCCUCCCCGGCGCCCUCACUACCGGCGGCGGGGCACCACCACCGCUCCCUCCUGUCAGCUGUCGACGCAGGGAGCAACAAGACGCUGUACGACACCUUUUGUACUGCCAUGAUGCCCACCUGCUCGGCCUACGUGAACGACAGGUUCACAGACGCGCACAUCAACAUGACGUUCGGGAGCGAGUGGGGUUUCUCCAGCUCCACCUCCCGCCUGCUGUACGAGCGACCCAUCCGGCAGGACCUGCUGACAUGCGGACAGCAGCCCGCCUCCGGCUCCCCCUCCUGCCCCGUGUCGUACUGCCUGCCAUGCUACUGCAUGGGCCUCAGCUACAGCCCCACCGCCUCCGCCUCCGCCGACUUCCUGUCGCACAUCAAGGAGGUGUGCGGACCCUACAUGGUGCAGUUCGAUCUGCGUCGUGAUGGGUUGCAGGUGGCCAUCUCCCUGGUGGUGGCGCUGAUCAACUCGCUGCUGGUGUUCGUGCUGCGGCUGCUCAAGACGUUUGCGGAGCGGCACUGGACCACCACCGACACGGAACUGAGCUUCGCCGUGUGGGCCUACCUGGUCAAGGUGAUCAACUCGGUGGUGGUGCUGCUGGUGGUCAACUGCUCCACACUCAGCAACCUGCAGCAAAAGGAGUCUACCGCCUUCCAGCGCUCCCGCUGGCUGCGCAGCUUCAUACUGAACGGCCUGUACGAGGACUUCACACCCGACUGGUACAAGGCCGUCGGCUUCUCCAUCCAGUGCCUGCUGUUCAUCAACGUGCUGGGCCCGCUGCUGCGCUCCGCGGUGGACUACGGGCUGAAGCUGCUGCUGCGCUGGCGGCUGCGCAGCGGGCACUGCGGCAAGCUGGCGGCGCCGGAGGACUACAACACCGCGUACAGGUCGCCGCAGUUCACCCUGGAGGUGCGCACCAGCGACAUCAUGUUCAACCUCACGUUGGCGCUGCUGUUCGGCAGCGGCAUGCCGCUCUGCUACCUCGCAGUGGCAGCCUACCUGGCCCUCACAGCGGGCUGGGACCGGCUGUGCCUGCUGCGGCUCAACCAGCCGGCGCAGCGCUACCAGAAGCACCUGCCGCGGGCCAUCAUGCAGCUCCUGCCGGUGCUGCUGGUGCUGCACUGCGCCUUCGGGCUGUGGAUGCACACCUACUUCAAGGCCGACCUGGCCGCCAUGAGCCUCACCGGGGGCGGGCAGGCGGCGCAGGGCGGCGGCGGCGGUAUCGACUCGCUGUCUCGCAACUGGCUAGGUCGCCGCAUCACGCAGCCCAACGGCCUGCCGCUGCUGGUGUGGGGGGUGUGUCUGGCGGUGUGGCUGCUGUUCGGAAGGUGGAUCAUCUGGGGCGCCCUCAAGCUGCUGGGCCGCGGCUGCGUGCGGCUGGCGGCGCUGCUGCGCUCGCUGGCGCCCGAUGACGGAUCCUCGGAUGUGACGUACGAGGAGGCGCUGAGCUCCUCCAAGCUGGUCCGCAUGCUGCGCGGCGCGCGCACCUACCGCAUCCACCACCUGCUGGGAUACCAGCCCUACCUCAAGGGUGACGCGGGCAGGCUGUGGGCGGCGGCGCAGGGGGCGGAGCGGUACACGCGACUGACCUCCUUCCGUGUGGAAGUGGAGGUGGAGGUGGAGGGCGGCGCGGUGGAGCGGCGAGUGGUGGAGACGUUUGACGUGUCAGAGGACGUCAUCACCGCCGGUCCCAAGAUCACCCUGGCCCCGCAACCCUCCUCCUCCUCCCCGCCGCUGCCCUGCCAACCACCACCACCACCACCGCCGCCGCCGCCGCCUCCGCAUGGGCAGACAUCGCCGCCAAAGCUGCCCCUGCCGCCGCUGCCCCGGCACCAUCCCCACGCACAGCACCCACCCCCACCCCCGCCGCCGCCGCAUCAGCAACAACAGCAGGAGCAGCAGCAGCCACACCCCCCUGCCUCCACAUCGGGUCUUCCCUCCGCUGCCCUGCAGGCCGCCCUGCUACAGCACGCGGCUGCCAUCCAGGAAGCCAGCGGCGGCCGCAAGGUGGUGCGCAGCCUCACAGUGCUCGCCAUGUCCGCCAGGGUAGGACAGCCCGCACCGCCGCUGCUGCAGCUGGUAUCGGACGGAGUGGUGCUGCCUGCAGCGGCGGCAGCCGCGGCAGCAGCCGCCGCAGCUGCUGGCGGCGGUGGAAGGGGAAUGGACGAGGAUUCAGCUGGUUUUGUGCGCGUCAGGGCACUCCUUGAGGGUCGGGCGGUUGUCAGCGGUCCCGCCGCGCCAGUUCAAAGACAUGGCGGGGGGUACGGCAUGGCAGUAGCACCGAUGACGACGGCACCGGAGAUCGCGACAGCGGCGCGAAGCAGCAAGGGUCACCGGUUUGUUGGAGUCGUGCAGCAGGCAGUUAGCGCGGAGAGAUUGCAGCCCUACCGCGGCGAAGACGAUAGCGACGGUGAGGGCGACGGCGACAGCGACAGCCUAAGCGCAGAGGCGAUUCGCCUGUCAGUGAACGAUGCUGCCGCUGCGCCCUCUUCGUCAUCCUCGUCAGCAUCAGCGGGCUGCGGCUGCGGCUCGUCUGCUGUGAGGGGGACGGUGAAGGCGCGGGCCCGUCUGGCAGGCGGUGAGGAUGAUGAUGAAGAUGAGGACGAGGAUGGUAACGAUGGUUCUGAAGGAGAUGCGGAUGUGGACGCGGCGUUCAUACGCCCUGUGAUUACCGCUUCCGCCGGCAGGGGGUUUGGUGCCGCCGCCCCCGCUGGCGACGCCGGCAGGUCGCUUGGAGCGAUGUCGCCACCGCCUCCGCCGCUGCCGCCACCGUCGUUGUCAACGCAGGUGAUACCGUUGACCAUACCGUCGCCUUCGCCGUCCCCUCCGACCAGUCCACCGCCCGUUGCAGCCGGCGGAGGCGGCGCCAGGUUGUCAACGGCGCUGCCUGCGGCGGCAAACUACGCUAAAGCAGCAUACCAGAUGGACGAGAUCCUGGUAGAGGCGCCGUCGCCGGCGGCUGCAAAGCCGGCUGCGGCGGCAAUCGCGUUGAUCGCUGAAAUGGAGGAAGAGGAGGUGGAGGAAGUGGAGGAGGCGGGGGCUGUGGUGGUAAAGGCAGCGCUGCAAGCAGGAGUGCGGGCUGGAGAGAGGGAAGGGGUGAAGGCGCCGAAGGAGGUGCCCCAAGCUGCUGUUCGGAAGCCGGCGCCUGGAGUGCAAGCCAAGGGGCGGACUGUGUGGUGACGAGUCGUUGAAGCGAUAACGUGUGGCCUACGGUACCACCGAGAGUGCAGGUGCAACAGUGCGCUGCAUGUGCGCUGAGAUAGCGUGUUAGGUAUUUGAUAGUACGGUCUGUUAGGGACGUACGGAAGGUUCCAGUAUCAUGCCUGCAGCCGCCGGGACACAGCGACGGCUGGCCAGGGCAGUGGGAGGCAGGUCUGUUAUGCAGCAGCUGUUAGCGGGCAGGCUGCUGCAGUACAUCUGCGUGAGGUUACUGGUAGCAACGGUAUUGCGCUAGUAGCGGUAAUGGUCCUAGUAUGGAUGUAAUGCUGCCGGUGUGUAGCAGGUGGCGCACCGAUGUGCACGAGUGAGUGGGUGGCCCUUGACGGGAGGCGGGUCGUGUGGAGUGAUGUACGUACCGGUGAUAUGAGGGGACGGGAGUUGUGGGGGGCGUCUGUGAGAUGGCAUUGCGUGUAUGGGAUAUGCACUUACUGCUUAGAUCAACAACUUACUUGAGUACUGGUUUAUUUCUUAGCACGUGGGGUGUACCGGCAGUAGCUGCGUCAGGUCUUAGCCUUAGGGGCCUUAGCGCUGUGCCGCAAUCCUUAUUGUGCUGCGAUACUGCAUAGCGGUGGGUUAAAGCGUCCUAAAGGGCCAACCCCUCGAAGCAGCGUUGUGUUAUUUGUACGUCAGGACGUAAAGGUCAGCCUGCUGCCCUGUGAUGGCGGUGCUGGCGUACUGUGGGGUUUGUGCGGUUGCAUAUGCCUCUAUCAGGUACGAACGAUGUACCCUUCGGUAUCACUUCUGUAUUUUCACAAAUUAGUUCCGGGGGUAUGAUGUCAGACUACCCGCGCGCAACAUAUACGCGCACACAUUUUAUGAGUGACAUAGGAGCAAGCAAGGUAGGGAGGCGCCGUGCUGUGUCAAAGCUGUCUUUCUAUUACGAAGCGUGUACACGAACGUUAGUUGUAUGCAAUAAGGCUAAUAUGAGUGGCGCUGUAACGGGG